CGAGUCUAACAUGGCGGCUGAUCGGCAAUGUUGAUGUAUGUCAAAAACAGCUUCACACUCUCUGUGAACGAUAAUAAAACAUGGGACCCAAUGCAUCUGCGCUUGAAAAGGAGAUUGGUUCCGAUCAGUUCCCGCCAAAUGAACACUAUUUUGGACUUGUGAACUUUGGGAAUACCUGUUAUUGCAACUCUGUUCUACAAGCAUUGUAUUUCUGUAAACCAUUCCGUGACAAAGUGCUAGCAUACAGAGCGCAGCCAAAGAAGAAAGAAACCCUUCUCACAUGUCUUGCCGACCUUUUUAACAAUAUUGCUUCCCAGAAGAAGAAAGUUGGUGUGAUAGCACCGAAAAAGUUCAUAGCAAGGCUUAGGAAAGAAAAUGAAUUAUUUGAUAAUUACAUGCAGCAAGAUGCCCACGAGUUUUUGAAUUAUUUGUUAAAUACAAUAGCAGAUCUUUUACAAGCUGAGAAGCAAGGUGGUAAACCCAAAAAUGGUAAUGAUAAUCAGAUCAAACCAGAACCAACGUGGGUUCAUGAUAUCUUCCAAGGAACAUUAACGAACGAAACAAGAUGUCUUUGUUGUGAGGCUGUUAGUAGUAAAGAUGAAGAUUUUUUAGAUCUAUCAGUGGAUGUGGACCAAAAUACUUCAAUUACACAUUGUUUAAGGGGGUUUAGCAGUACUGAAACUUUAUGUAGUGAAUAUAAAUAUUAUUGUGAAAAUUGUUGCAGUAAACAAGAAGCACAAAAAAGAAUGAGGGUUAAGAAGCUACCGAUGAUACUUGCCUUGCAUUUAAAGAGAUUUAAAUAUAUGGAACAGUUACAUAGGUAUACUAAAUUAUCAUACAGGGUGGUAUUUCCAUUGGAACUCAGGCUAAUGAACACGUCUGAUGAUGCGUUCAAUCCUGACAAACUUUAUGAUUUAGUUGCUGUAGUUAUCCACUGUGGAAGCGGCCCAAAUAGGGGCCAUUAUAUUACAAUAGUUAAAAGCCACGGCUUCUGGUUACUAUUUGAUGAUGAUAUUGUUGAGAAAAUUGAUGCACAGGCAAUAGAAGAAUUCUACGGAUUGACGUCAGAUUUACAGAAGACAUCCGAAUCAGGAUACAUACUAUUCUACCAAUCAAGAGACGGCACAUGAUGCUCACAUGAUGCUCACAUUACAGUCACAUGUACAUAAUAUAUGCGUAUUUUGAACUGAGGUGCAUUUCGACCUACCAUGAUUGUAUCUUUUUUGUUGUUGUAGAUAGCGUUUAGUUUUUUGAGCUGAGCCUGUUUUGACCUGCACAGCUUGUUACGAUACUUUUUAUGCCAGAUCAUUGUAUCCUUCAACCCUGGGCUUGCCUUUUUCCUUCCUAUGCCCUACAGUAAUGCUAUCAUUAUUGUGUUUGUGUCUCUACAACAAUGUAC